UGAGGCUGACGAUCAUCCGCGGAAGGAGAGAGCUAGAUGCCUCCUCGUCAGGAAUUAGGCAAGGCGGUGGAAGCUGUUCUACUCUAAUACAGCUUUGUUCAGAAUAAUCGCAAUGUAAGAGAUGUGGUUCACAACGGGCAGACUCCCGCUGCUGAUGCAGAAGGCGACCUUUGCCAUCAGGGCAGCAGGGAAAAUGGGUGGAUGCUCCAGGUAUUGUGGAGUGAGAUUCUCACUUGAAGAGGCUGAGGAUGCUCCUAGAAAAGUUGCUCCUCCAGCGUCCCUGGCCAAAAGCUUAGCUUGCCUUACAGAAGAGUUUUUGUCAGCAGAUAAUCAGAAUGCCGAGAUGCCGAGAGCCCAAAGGAGCAAGAGAUUGAUUGAGGUUCGCAUCAAGAAGAUGACGAAAGCGCGAUAUCUAAAUGAGAAAUUUUAUGAUCUUAUGGAUUUGGUUAUUGCUAAUGCAGAGGUUCUAAGGGAUUGCUAUGAUCUUGUGCGCUUGAACUCUCAUGUUGAACUGGCAUCACAGAAGGACAACCUUUGCUUUUAUACCAUGGCAGAACAGCUUAGGAAUGGUGAUUUUGAUGUGAAGGAAAAUAGUGUGAUUAUGUAUGGAAAGAGGGAUGGGAGACAAUGCUUGGUUCUUCCUAAUCUUAAGUUGAGAGUUGUACAAGAGGCAGUCAGAGUUGUACUUGAGGUUGUAUACAGGCCACAUUUCUCGAAGAUUUCUCAUGGCUGCAGGAGUGGAAGGGGGCAUCGUUCAGCACUGAGAUAUGUUCAGAAGGAGAUUCAUAAUUCUGAUUGGUGGUUUACAAUAUCUAUGAGAAAGGUUGCAGACAUAGAUGUUCUUUCCAAACUGAUAUCAGUGAUGGAGGAAAAAAUUCAAGAUGUGAAGUUAUUUCAAUUCAUUUAUCAGUUAUUUGAUGCUCAGGUUCUUAAUUUGGUGUUUGGGGUAUUCCCAAAGGGCCAUGGGUUGCCUCAGGAAGGAAUUCUCUCCCCUAUUCUGAUGAAUAUUUAUCUCGGUAUGUUUGACAGUGAAGUAAUUAGAAUGUCAUUGAGAUAUGAAGGCCUGGGCGUUGGUUGCAGUGGGGAGAAAUUUUUAGAACAGUCGAAGCUACGGUGGUGGUUUCGCAGACAAAUAAAACAAAGUGGUGAUUCCCGCAGAGAGAAAUUGGAGGUUACUGAAGAAAAUAAACUGCAUGUAUGCAGAAACAUGGAUGAGAUUGUGGUUUUGGUUUCAGGUUCUAGAGAUGCUGCAAUGAGUUUGAAGUCGGAUAUAGUAAACUUUCUAAUGAGCUCACUUCUUUUAGAUGUGGAAAAUCAGAUGGAUCCGCUACCUGUUGAUGUUGACUCUCAUGUUUUGCAAUUUGUUGGUACAUCUAUUCGGGUUAGAACUAGAGAAGACGAGGCCUUGCGAGCUGUGCACAAAUUGAAGGAUAAGGUGCAGAUGUUUGCUUCUCAAAGACAGAAAAUUUGGGGUUCUUUUACCGUAAGAAUUGGUAAAAAAUGGCUGGGAUGGGCUUUGAGAAGAAUAAAAGAAUCCGAGAUCAAGCAGCUUGGGCUUAGCACUCCUAUUUUGGAUCAUCUAUCACAGUUUCGAAAACCAGGAAUGAAAACUGAUCAUUGGUUUAAGUCAUUGAUGAAGAUAUGGAUGCAAGAUGUAAAUGCCAAGGUUGAAGCUGAUGAGGAAACCAUACUAUCCAAGUACAUUGUUGAACCAGCGCUGCCUCAAGAUCUGAGGGAUUCUUUCUAUAAUUUCAGAAAGCAAGCAAUGGACUAUGUUUCAUCAGAAUCAGCCGCAAGUCUUGAAUUGCUUAAAAGUUCCAUAACCGAAACCAGAUCUGAUCGGCACGGCAAUCAAAAGAUGUUUGUUUUGGAGGCGCCAAUUGGUUCGGUUAAGAGGAGCCUGCUUAGAUAUGGUGUGGUUGGCACUCAAGGUUAUCCAAAGCACGUUUCUACGUUAGUCCUGCAAGAUGAUGAGCUAAUAAUAUGUUGGUUUUCAGGCUUGAUUCAGAGAUGGCUAAAAUGGUACUCUGAAUUCGAAAACUUUGGCUACAUCAAGCUUUUGAUACUCCAGUGUGUGAGGAAAUCCUGUACUCGGACGUUGGGAGCAAAGUAUCAAGUGGCUGAAGAAGUGAUUGAGAAAAACUAUGAUUCAGAAUUGAGCUGCAUUCCUAACACAGAUGAGUUGGAGACUGAAAUGGCUUCAGCACCAUAUGGCAUUUCUGAUAGUUUUGAUAAUGAUGAUGAUGAAGCCCUUAGUUAUGGAACUUUUAACAGUGGAUUGUGCUUGUUGUCGUUUUCAAGAGUUAAAGUACCAGCUAGAGUAUUUAACUGCUUUGUAAUGGGAUGUACAGCUGCAUCACCAAGCAUGUAUAAGCUCCAUGUGAAAGAGAGGCAAAGGUUUCCUGGUUGGAAGACUGGAUUUUCUUCAUCCAUUCAUCCAAGCUUGAAUCGAAGAAGGAUUGGAUUGUGUGACCGGCAUGUUAAAGCAUUAUAUCUUGGACAGAUUUCACUUCAAUCUAUAGAAUUUGGUGCCUUGAGGAAAUUAUGAGUACUUGAUAUGUAGUUUGUAACUAAUUUUGAGGAAUUGAAGGGGUUUAUCUGAGUCAAAUCAAACUUGAUCGGGAAAAGUCUAAGUCUGUGUUACCCAAAAGGGAAACUCUAGGGCAUAAAUAGAGGUUGAAAAUUGUUGCUGGAGUUGUUUAGUAGAUUUGCACAUUCAGUAUCUCUAAGAUCUUAUAGGUGCCUCAUUAUGUCAUCC